AGAAGCCGAGCGGGGCCGAGCGAAGCCGAGAGGGGCCGAGCCGAACUGAGCCGAGCCUACCAGACCCUAGCCGAGCCGAUCCGAUCCGAUCCGAUUUGAGCCGAGCCGAGCCGAGCCGAACCGAACCGAUCCUGCAAUAUCCCGCAUCCCUGCGGAUGCGUUUUCCCGUUUGCCACGGUGUGUCAGUGUCUCUCUAGCAGCCAGGACUCAGCACUCCGUGGGAUGAGUUUGUAAAAAGGAUCCUGGUUGAUGGCCUCGAUCUGCAGCUCCGUGAGGUGGCUUCCAUUUACCUUUGGUUCAAGGACUGGCAAGACAUWUACAAAUGCUUUUGAAGUAACUCCACGUUAAUGCACUGAGGUGGAAGUGAAUCUCUGACUACCCUGACAGCCGGGACAGCUCCAUCCAGGAUCCUGAGCAAAAAAAAAGAAUUAUUUCAGGUUCUUCUGGCUGAAGACUUUGAGCAUCAGAGGGGAGCACUCAGGGAAGCAGCCUGUCCUCCUGGCCAAGCUACCUGGGCCCACAUCACUUCUCCAGCAUCAAAAAAGGCUCUGGAUUUGCCAAGCCUCAACUUGUCAUUGCCACYUGGAAGAAUUUAGAGGAGAUCCUCAGGGUCCCUGGUGCUGCUUGGAUCAGUGGUGGUGGGUAAAAGGUGGAGCUGGUGAGCCUGGCAGGGCUGCCUGCAGCUUUGGACAACACACUCAUGGUCCCCAGGAGUGCCCUUCAGCACGCAGCUGUCACCUCCUAUGGAUACAAACUGCAGUGCCUCUGGAUCCAGGUGAGGCAGAUCGCCAGGGAGAGGGACAAGGCGAGGCUCAGUCUGGAGAAAGCAGAGAGACACUGCCUGCAGCUGGGCAGGGAGCUGGAUGAGCAGUACAUUGCCCUGGAGCACACCCAGGGCAAGCUCAGGGAUUUUCAGGCAGAAAUAGAGGCAAAAGAGCUGCUCUUGCAGCAAGCAGUGAGUCACCAGGUGAAGCUGGAGGCUGAUACACGUCUCCUYCAGGGCAAAGAGGCCAGCCUGCAAGGGAGACUGAACCAUGUGAUGAAGGAGAACACACAGCUGCAAAACAAGGUCACAGAGAUGGCUGAGAAACUGUCAGCCUCUGAGGAAAUGGUGUUGGAGCUGCAAAAAGAACUCAACCACAUUGUGAAGGAUAAGCUGGAGCAGGGGGAGCCCCACAGCCCAGAGUUCCUGACACAGAACGAGCACUUUGCUGAGAUUGUCCUGGAGUACRAGCGGCAGUGCCAGGUGCUGUACGAGCAGAACACAGCGCUGCGAAGGGAGCUGCACAGGCUGCAGGACAGCAGGGCUGAGGGAGGGCUGCCAGCAGCAGAGAUGUCACUCCCAGUGGAGCAGCUCCAAGAGCAGCUGCAGGACCUGAAGGUGCAGCUGGAAACUGAGAGUGAGAAGGGCAAGGAGGAGCUCUCUCACCCAGAUUUCAAGAGGCAUCAGCUGGGCUGUGAACCCCCUGAGCACAAGGAUGRCCCUGGCACUGCCCAGAGGCUUGUGAAGGCUGAGUGGCUGCAAGGAGCAGAGAUUGCUGCAAGGCUGGAGCACCACCAGCAGCAUGCAGCAUGUUGGAUGGAGAUGGAGCUGCUCCAGCAGCAGCUCCAGGCCUCGCAGGAAAAGCUUUUGGAAGCCAAAGCAAGCCUGAGCCUGGCCCAGAGCCAGCACGCCCUGCAGCUGCAGCAGGCCAAGGCCCAGAUCAACARCAUGGUGCCAAAGCAGCAGUUUGAGCAGCUGCAAAACACCUUGAGAGAGGAACAGUGCAAGACUCAGCAGCUCCAGGAGAGCCUCCAGCAGCAGGCUGAGCAAACGUGCAGGCAGCUGCUCAGGACCCAGGAGGAACAUGAGCAUCUGCUGCAGGCAGCUGUGGAGCAGGCAGAGGGGCUGGAGCACAGUCUGAGGAAUGCUGAAGCUGUGCUGGCAGAGAGGGCAGCUCAGCUCAGAGAUGCCCAGGCCCAGCUCUCCAGGAACAAACUGCUGAUUGAAGAGCUCCGUGGGGAGAACAGGAGGUUUGCAAUGGCCCUGCAGGCUGCUGAGCUGAAGCAGAAAAGCAUGGAGGAAAAGAACCAGCUGCUGGAGGAGCAAGCCUCAGCUCUGAAGCAGCUUAUUGCAAAAAUCACACCAGCAUCUCUGAGUGGGUGAUGGGAYAUCUGCAGUGGCAGCCCCUGGUCCUGGCCAGGUUGUUGGUCAGGUGUGGAACAGGAGGUAUGGCUGGGUUGGGAAAUCAGCCUUGUCCUCUCUGGUCUUGCCAGGAUUUUCCUGUGCAGAAAACAGAAGAUGGGGAACCCAGAGCCCUUUAAGGAAAUUUGUCCUGCAGAUAGSUGCAUUUUCCAGCUGAAAGCAGCAGCCUUGGUGCCUUUCUCAGUGGCAGUGUGCUGUUAUGUCAGGUCUGUCUCAGGGCAGCCAUCUCUCAUGGUUUUCUUUGGCACAGUGUUUGGUGAUGAUGCAGGUGCUCCCUCUUUGGAGAUGGUUGAUGUUGGAGCCACAGUUACACCUCAAAAGCCAGGGCAGAAGGGCUUGCAGGUCCCUGUGCCUGGCUCACUCUGAGCAGGAAAGCUCUGUUGUGGCAUUAAAAUGUUUGUGAUGUUGCAGCACCUCCUGCCAUGCCCAGUCUGCUCUGUAUUUCAAUAACCUUCCCCACCAGUUGCUGAACUUUUACUCCUCUGCUGAGCUGUUCUCAGGGUCUGGAAAGACUCUGGCCCUCUUAGAGCCUGAGCCUGGGAUCCAAAACCAACCAGACUGUUGUCUCUGCAGKGAGCAGAACUGAGUGAUGCCAUGGUGCCCCAGGCAUUUAUCCUGUUCCUGCAUUCUUCCAUUUGCUUUUUCAGCUCCAGUCUGGGUUGGGGCCCAAGCAAACCUCUAGCCUUACCUAGGGCUGAUACUUUUGCAAAUAUUCUGACACUGUGCAAGAGCUGAGCUGCUCCAUUAGAAAAACCACACAGAGAAAGCAGCUCUUCAGCCUUGUUCUGCUUUUGUGCUGUCGGGAAUCCUUAAAACCCUCUGCUCCCUUUCCCACCGCUACU